GAUGAGAAAGUUUCCGAUUGAGUCAUACUAUGAUUGAUGUAGAAGUGUAAUCGAGACAUUUAAACGGUAUUCUCGGUGAAUAUUGCCUGUCAGCUGUGCGUAGUGUAUUUACAUCAUUAAUUAAAAGUUUCGUGUUUUACAGCAGAGAAUUGCUUGAAUCCAGAUAAAUUUAAUAACCUUAACCGGUUCCUAGCUGUCGUUAUUCUUGUUAAGCUAGAAUUAUUAUUUUAUUUUUAAAUAUACUGGACGGCACCUGCUAAGUAAGAAAUGGAAGAUCUUGAUGCACUGUUGGCGGAUUUGCAGAGCCAAACACAACUGAACUUGUCUUCCAAUACGUGUCCCACUUCAUCGAGUGGGAAUAGUUAUGCUGCCGUGAUGUCGCACGGUCCUCGUCCUUCGAAACGCUACAGUUACCACAACGGUUACUACAGAACGUUACGAAUAUCGCAAUGGAGCCCCAGAUGACCAGCCGAUCUAUCAAAAUCAGCAUGCCAUUCACAGUGCCAUGAAUGAAAAAUCAAAUUCUAAGCCAGAUUUUGCAAGUAAUUUAUCUGAAUUGGACAGUUUAUUGGAGGAUCUUAAUUCUGCCCGCUAUGCAUAUCACUCUGGCAAAAAAGGUUACCAGUCACCAGGUUAUAAUAUCUACACUAAUGAGACCUCUUCAAAUAAAAUGGCUGCCAAUGGUGUUCCAGAACCUGUGCGACCUACCGUUGACAGCCUUUUGGAUGAACUGCAGAGUGGAUUGCCAGAAUCUCCAAAGCAUUCUAAUGUUAAGUAUAAACAGACUGUUCAAGCUCCAAUUAUAAAUUCCGUGAGCUCCUUCCCACCGCACCCUCAGACCAUUGAAUCAGCAGCUCCUGCAGCUUCCUCUGCUACUAAAGAAUUAGAUGACUUAAUGGCAUCAUUGUCUGAUUUUAAGCAUACUCAGCCAAACAAGACACCUGAAACACAGUACGCUAAGCCGCAUAAGGUGAGCCGAUCACCAACCGGCAGCAACAAGGGUGUAGAUCAGUUGGAUUCUAUGCUCGGUACUCUACAAUCUGACAUGAGCAAACAAGGAGUUAACACAAGCCCUAAAGGUCAUUGCACUGCAUGCAAUAAGCCCAUAGUUGGCCAGGUUGUCACAGCUUUAGGCAAAACUUGGCACAAAGAACACUUUGUGUGUGGACAUUGCCACCAGGAGCUUGGAACAAAGAACUUUUUUGAGCGAGAUGGUGUACCUUAUUGUGAAACAGAUUAUCACAACAUAUUUUCUCCAAAGUGUGCUUAUUGUAAUGCUGCUAUAUUGGGAAAAUGUAUCACAGCGUUAGAAAAGACGUGGCACCCAGAACAUUUCUUCUGUACUCAGUGUGGUAAGCAGUUUGGAGAAGAAGGCUUCCAUGAAAAGGAUGGUAAACCAUAUUGCCGUGACGAUUAUUUGGAGAUGUUUGCACUGAAAUGUGCUGGAUGCAAUCGUCCUAUCACAGAAAAUUAUAUUUCUGCUAUGAAUAGCCAAUGGCAUCCUGGUUGUUUUGCAUGUCGGGAUUGCCGCCAGCCUUUCAAUGGUGGAAGUUUCUUCGAUCUUGAUGGUCAACCUUAUUGUGAGCUUCAUUACCAUGCUAAGCGAGGAUCCUUGUGUGCUGGAUGUCAUAAACCCAUCAGCGGUCGUUGUGUCACUGCCAUGUCCCGAAAGUUUCACCCUGAACAUUUUGUCUGCUCUUUUUGUUUGAAACAGCUUAACAAAGGCACAUUCAAAGAACAGAAUGACAAGCCUUAUUGUCACCCUUGUUUUGAAAAGCUUUUUGCUUGAGGACCUAUGCUAUUACUUUUUGUUUCUCCUUCAGCCAAUAGCCAGCUUUCUGCCUGGGAACUCUGUUACAACUUCAGUGUUUUAUAAGACUGUGCUUUUAGUGACGCUCAAAAAUCUAUAUAUAUAUACAAGGUUGUGUCAUAUAUUUUUAUUUUCUGCUGGGUUUUCAAUUAUCACUAGUGGAUUUAUUUUGUCCUGUCUACUGUUAUAAUGAAUUUAAUAAAAGUUGGAAUGUAAGACAUCUGAGACUUCUUUAAACAAUGCUGGAAGUUCAGCUAGUGUGAAAUGCUUCAUCAUUCAUUGUGUCACAAGACAUUGUUUAUAUAAACUUUUUUCUUAGCAUUUCUAUUCAGAAUAUUAGGUGCGUUUUUGUAUUAUAUAAGAUUGUGAUUUCGUACAGAAAAUAAGUAGAUUUUUUAUGUAUAAUUACUGUGAGUGCCAUUUAAAGUGAUCAUGUUCUGUAAGUUAGAUUAAUAAUAAAUAACUGAUAACUCAAGUAUAGAGCACUGUGUGAUAUUUUUAAGUAAUGUAAAAAUUUAUUUAUUCAGUGCCUUUAAUAAGGUUAAAUGUAUCUAAUCACAUUAAUGCAUUAACACCAAUAUUUUAUUAAGGAUUGACAUUUUUGCUGUAGUUCUUUUUUACCUGUUCAGUCCUGGUAUUUACAAAAGACUUAUACAAUGCUCAUUUAAAUUUCCAUUUUUUAAGUUAGACUAAAAAUAGCUUCUUAAUUAUAAGUGUACACUCUUUUUUAUGUAACCUUAAAUAGAAGUAAACUCAUUUUGAUGCUUUUUGUUAUUUUAGUAUCUUCACUGAUUGUCAUCAGAAUUACUGUAAAAACUAUUUAUUGGAAAAUUUUCUAAAAAUAUAUGUUGAAAAAAAAUUCCGCUUAAUUGGCUAUAUUUUGGCCUAAAAGAUAAUCCAAGUAAUGGUAGUGUUAAAUAAGAUAAUUCAAUUAAAAUAGCAAUUUUCAAGUGAAAUGCUUUUAAGCUUCCUUGUGAUCACUUUAAGUGUCUGAGAAGAAAGCAGUGAUUACAAUAAUCAGCAGCCCUGUACCUGAACAUAAAAUAAAUGUAUUGUUGGAACUUUUAAUGGUAUUAAUAAAAAGGGCUAUAGUAUGUUUAAAGUAGUGCAAACCUGUAUGAUAAACUGCACGUAAAUAAUAUUUUCAUAUAUCUGUAUAUAUUUAAAUUGUGCUUCUUUUUGCCGUAAAUUCAGUUCUCUAUAAAAUAUAAUAAUUGAGUUGUUUUAAUAUAGUGCCAUACUUCUCCUUUCGAGAUAUUAUAUUUUUUAUUUUUCAAAACAUUAAAAAAUAUUGCUAAAUUAGUGCAAGGAAAAAUUUAAUACAUUUUAAUAAUGUAGGAAUUAAAUAUUAUUUUCAAAUAUUUAUGUAACAAAAUUAUUGUAAUUUAAGCUAAAAUUUUAAGACUGUUAUCAUGUUUAUAAGAAUUUGUUUAGAAAUUUUUAAUUGCAUGCAUUCCACUUAAAUCUAGAAUGUAUCUUUUUCAUUGUUCUUUUACAUUUUCUAUGAAAUAAAGAUGUUAGACGGUAUCCUAAAAAAUAAGUCGGCUUUGUUUUCAGUGAUUAUGAGCAUUCAUUACUUUGCUAAAUUUAAAUAACAGCACAAGAGAAUUUUGCAUAUGCUUGUCCAGAGUAAUCUUAAUUUGUGCAAGUUAAUUGUUUUAGUACAUUCGUAUGAUUUGAAAAAGUGUAUCAUACUUUUGUCCUGUAUCUUUGUAAUAUUAAAAUAUUUGCUGUAAAAUAUACUUCAUGGAAAGUAUGUAAAUUUUCUUAUAAAGCAAGUAAAAGUAUCAUUUAUCAUGUUUCUUAUGAAGUCAAGAUUUGUUAGAGAAUGCUGUUAUUAAUCAGAAAAAUCGUAUUGUUCCUAUCUUACAAUGGCAGCUUAGUUUAUUAUUUAAAUGCACCAGUCUUAAGUUGUUUUUUAAUUGUCUGAUUUAUUAUAUGUAUGUUCAUAUAUAUAUAUCAACUUAUGUAAAAUGUUGGUGUUUAGCUUCCUUUACAAUAUAUAAAAGUUAUAUUAACAAAACUGCUUUUGCUAUAUAUACAUUUAAUUGUUGUUACACUUUCUUGUUUAGUAUAAUUAUUUCACUUGUAAUAUUUUACUUGUAUUUUCUUUUGAUUUUCAUACAAAAAUAAUCAUCUUGUUGAUUUAAUGGUAAAGUUCUAAAUUAGUAACAUUUAUGUUUACCACUUAAUAAUUUAAUUCAAUUUAAUUUUUCAUUUUAAUUAAAAUAUAAAUUGAGAAAUUACAAGAAUCUAAGAGUCAACCAACAGGAAUCAUUAUUAAAAUGUUAUUAGUUUUGUAAUUUUUCACUUAUUUACUUUGUGCCUGUUUUUAUCAAUAGAAAGUUUUUCAUUUUUCAUCUUGCUAUUGGAGUUUCAUUGAUUUUAUAGUAUGUCAUGAUCUGUCAGAAUCUCCUGAUCUUGUUUUUCAUGUACAUUUUAGAUUUUAAAUGAAGGAUACACAUUAAGAAGUAAUGUAUUCAGUUAUUAUGUAGUAUAAUAAUGUUUUGUCAAUUUUUGUAGUUGUUGAAGUGUAUUAAAAGUGUGAAUUUCUGGGGAAGGUGUAUUAUGCUGACAAUCAAAAUUUUCAGUGUUUGUUUUACUAGGAUGUGCUAUUAAAAAGCAAAUUUUGUAAAUAAUUUUUGUUUUACCCAGAAAUAAUGAAUGCUAAAUGUAUUCAGACAAAGGCAAAAAACUAUGCAAAAAGAAACAAAUUUUUCACGAGCUGAUAUUUAGCAUGGUGUAUAAUUUUAUGUAUAUAAAACUAUUUUAUUUCUUAACACGUUUAUCUUUAUAAACGUCCUUUUGUUUCCCUUUAAUCAAAAAUAAAUUUUUCAGUGCCAUUUAAUAAGGAAAGAACAAAAUUGUUUUCUAUCCCCUAUUUAUUUACAUUAAAUUUAUAUAUGCUUAUUUCUAUUAUAGAUUUUAUGUACAAAGGGAAGUUUAUUUUAGGAAUAAAAUUUAUUCUGUGUUGAUAUAUAAAUAGAAAGUAUUUCAUUUAAUAUGGAAAAGCCAUAUUUUUAACAAUUACUAGAUCUAGGAUGAAUUUAAUGCAGUUAUGUUGUUACAAAAUACCAUCAUGCAUAUUCAUGACUUUUUGUAGCAGUGAACAACCUGUUGCUUUGAUGAUGGUUGUUUUUAUUCUUGUUGAUCUCUUUUAAUGAAAUGUACUUUAACAAUAAAGAAAUUUCUUGUUUC